AUGAAGCCAAUAAGGCUUCCGGAGCCGCCGGGGAGUCCACCGAGGGGUAUGCCCGACAUAUUCGAAGGUGGAGUCUACGGCGUGAUCCGACGGGCGGUUAUUAUCGGCAACGGAUUUUCGGCUUCUGAGAAUCAGAGCGUCGGUUUGGUUCGAGCCCUUGGGUUCUCUGAGAAGCACACCUUAUAUCGGGUUACAAGGCCAAGAGGAGGAGUUAAUGAGUGGCUGCACUGGCUCCCAGUUUCUUUCCACAAGAAGUUAGAUUACAUCAUCAGGCAGAUAUAUGGUUAUUCACAAAUUCUCUUGACAGGCAGAGUGAAGAAACUUGCGCCUCUACAUACCGAAAAUGGUGGCAGUGUUGGCUUAUCAUCUGUUUUAGAAGCGGAUGUUCAGAAGAUUAUAACAAUGGCGCGGGAGACUUUUGAGAAGGAUGGCCCUUUGCUGGUGGUUGCAUCUGGCAGAGAUACUAUAUCAAUUGCAAGCUCUUUAAAAAGAUUAGCAUCGGAGAAUGUGUUUGUUGUCCAGAUUCAGCACCCAAGGUCCCAUUUGAAUCGGUUCGACAUGGUGAUCACCCCUCAUCAUGAUUACUACCCUUUGACUCCUCGUGCACAGGAGCAGGUCCCUCGGUUUUUGCGGAAGUGGGUAACUCCGUGUGAACCUCCUGAUAGGCAUGUGGUCCUCACUGUAGGAGCUCUUCAUCAAGUUGAUUCUGCUGCACUUCGCACAGCAGCCAUUUCAUGGCAUGAAGAGUUUUCACCUCUGCCAAAGCCGUUACUUGUGGUCAACAUUGGAGGCCCCACGAGCCGCUGUCGAUAUGGUGCUGACCUUGCGAAGCAGUUAACAGCCUCUCUGCACAAUGUUCUUGCAAGCUGUGGUAGCAUAAGAAUAUCUUUCUCAAGGAGGACUCCUGAGAAGGUUUCCAAUAUCGUAUUGAAAGAAUUUGGAAAUCAUCCAAAAGUUUACAUAUGGGACGGUGAAGAACCAAAUCCACACAUGGGGCAUCUAGCUUGGGCUGAUACUUUUGUCAUCACUGCGGAUUCAGUUAGUAUGCUGAGUGAAGCUUGCAGCACCGGUAAACCUGUAUAUGUUAUUGGUGCCGAGCGUUGUACGUGGAAGUUUGUGGAGUUUCAUAACUCUCUGAUGGAACGAGGUCUUGUUAGGCCAUUUACUGGUCUUGAGGAUAUGUCAGAAAUCUGGAGUUAUCCUCCACUAAACGACACAGCAGAAGCAGCCAAUCGGGUUCACGAAGCACUUGCCGAGCGUGGAUGGAGAUUGCGGCCAUAG